AUGUCGAAUCCUCUGCAACACGUCCCCGCUCACACGACUGAGGAACUCCGGUCAAUGAAGAAGAAGGAGGCGGUCGUCGCCUAUGAAACCGAAGUCCAGUACUUCGCCGGGAUGGGAGAUGUGAUGCCGGAACUGGACGAUGAACACCGCGAGGACGUGGAGCUGGCCGUGGCUGAUAUGGAGCAUCAGCAGGACUGGCUGUCGGCCGCUGAGGAGAUCUUGGUCGCGCGGGGGCUGCAAGGGAGUGUAGAGGAUGAAGUUCGGGCAAGGAUGGCUACAGCCACAGGGCAGCUGCUCGAAGCGCAGGGCCGGCUCGCGGAAUGGCAGGCCGAGGACGAACGACAGGCGCAGGAGGAGCGCGACGCUGCGGAGGCAAAACGUCAGAAGGAGGAAGACGAACGGCGACAGGAGGCAGCGGCAUUGGAGGAACGACGAGCAGAGGAAGCUCGAAGAACUGCGGAGGUGCGUGACACACGACGGCGGGACGCGCUCGCGGCUGAGGCGCGACGCCAGGCCGCCCGGAAAUCCAAGUUCGUCGGCGGCUCGGGAACCGUCGGAUCUGGGAGCGGAAGCACUGCGGCGGAGCCGGGCGAGACGCAACAUCUCGGGGAGGUGAUUGAGAUCACGUCGGAGGCCGACGACGAAGAUACUCCUGUGCCGCGUACCCGACGACGAGCUGCCGCCAUCCGGGCUGGAAAGCGCAAAGCCGUCGAGAGCGAUGACGCGGAGACAACUCCGCGUACAAAGCGUAUCCGAAAACGAGCCGGAAACUUGGAUGACGCGCACGAGAGAACCCCGCCCCCGCCUGCACCUUACGACGUCGAGGCGUAUGGGGAAUACAACCCGGCGGGUAAGCCCAUCGGCCCAUGUGCCUCAUCGUUACUGACUGCCGGAACAGAUCGGAGCACCAACCCGCGGAACGAGGAAUGGGGCUGCGGAUAUGGCGCCUCAAAGGAAUCGUGCCCGCACCCGAGAGUGGAGUUCUCCGGGUACCGGCGGUGCCUCCGCUGCCAGCAGGGCCAUUUUUCUUGCGUCGGCACCGGCUGCCACGCUUGCGAGUCGUGCACCGGCUCCAAGGUAAAGUGUUCGCACGCGAAGACCCGGGCCAAGCAGGCGAAGACAGCGGAGGAGACGGCGUCGGGCAGCAAAACGCCCGGUAAGGGAAAGCAGCGGGCAGGAGCGAUCCCGCGAACACGGAGUCGGGUAGGAGAGGCCAGGGAGACACGCCGCAAUACGCGGGCAGCGGCGGGCGGUGCCCUCGUGCCAAUUCUGGCAGAGGCGUGCGCAGACCAUGAGCUGCGAACCAUCGUCCAGGUGAUGUCAUCCAUGGACGCUCGGAUCGCGGCUCUCAAGCAGGCCACGGAGGACGCGGAGAGCACCCGGGCCGCGGCAACAAGGAGUCUGGCGGCACUGAUGCUGCGAAGGGAACUGGAGGAGGCGCAACGGGCGGACGCGGCGGACACGGAGGAACGGGAAGAGGACAGGAGAAGGGACGAAGACGCGGAGUAUGACGGAGAGUAA